AUGGACAAUUUCCCCCAGCCAACCCGUUUCGAUGGAAGAGACGCCACUCUCGGGGACUGGGAAAACUGGCUCAAGACCUUCACAAACUUCAUCAGUUCCCUCGGCAAUAGGGCUCCAGACAAGCUAAUACUUCUGAAAAAUUACCUGUCAUCCUCUGUCUUCAAUCACAUCAAGGACUGUUCCAAGUAUGAGGAAGCCAUCGAAGUUCUAGAAUCUCUCUAUGUAAAGCCAGUGAAUGAAGUUUUAGCUAGACACCAACUUGCUACCAGAAAAAAACAGUCUAAUGAAUCUACAGACCAGUUCCUACAAGCUUUGAAAUUAAUGUCUAUAGGCUGUAUGUUCAAGGUGGUAUCGGCAAGUGUAUACGCGCAAGAAGCUAUUCGUGACACGUUCAUCUCAGGACUCUCAUCGUCAACAAUCUGUCAACGACUUCCUGAAAAACACACACUCACCCUUAAUGAAGCAGUGCUAUAUGCCCGUAGCCUAGAGCUGGCCCAGCGCAGUACUAACUGUUACGUGUUACCAGGUCCUUCACCUACUUCAGGUCCCUUCUCCGCUGCUUCAGAUAGCUUGUUGCCGGGUAUAGAACGCUGA